CUAUUUCUUCAAUCUCUGCCAGGAAUGGACACUGGCAGAACGAGGGAAGGAUUUAGCAGGAUUAAGUGAAUCUUGUGAGGACUAAAAUUUGUCAAUUGUACCGGUGAACCAUGGCGAGCACUGAGAGCCUGCAUCAACUGGUGGACAACUCCGCGCGCUCUAAUCCCCCUCUGAGCGCGCACACAGUGAUGACCAGCGCGCACGAUGACUCCAAAGGUAAAAAGUCUGUACUGAGGCGCCCUGAAAAGCCCCCUUAUUCUUAUAUUGCUCUGAUUGUCAUGGCGAUCCAAAACUCACCCAGUAAAAGGCUCACUUUGAGUGAGAUAUACCAGUUUUUGCAGGCGCGCUUUUCCUUCUUCAGAGGCGCAUACCAGGGAUGGAAGAACUCCGUGAGACACAACCUCUCUCUGAAUGAAUGCUUUAUAAAGCUGCCCAAAGGCCUGGGUAGACCCGGGAAGGGUCACUACUGGACCAUAGACCCGAGCAGUGAGUUCAUGUUCGAGGAGGGUUCCUUCAGACGCAGACCACGGGGAUUUCGGAGAAAGUGCCAGGCACUGAGGCCCAUGUACCGGGUGAUGAAUGGGAUGGGCUUUGGAGCAUCUGUUCAUCCUGGGACCUUUGAUUUCCACCCGACCUCUGGCUCUGUGACCUGCCACAGCGGCUAUAAUCUAGACUUGAUAGGAUCCCCAAGUGGAUACGACAGUCUUAGCGCGGUCACUAACUCGUCAUACUUGUCGGCCUGUCAGGUGGGCAGUAGCCGCGCAGACUACAGCCCCGAUCUCCGAGGAGAUUCACUCUACUCCAAUGCAUCCACGCACUGGACGUCACCUGGCGUCUCGUCAUACAUCAAACAGCCCCAAGCAUCAUCUACGCAGCAUAAUGCCGUGACGUAUUCACUGGACCAAAGUUAUCACAGCGCCCAAGACGCGUCUGACGUUCCAGUGGGACUGUCCCGAUAUCCCUCCCAUUCCACCUCCACGUGCGACAGGAAGGAGCUGAUCCUGAGCCCGACCGCGAGCAGCGGCUUAUACUAUCCCCAGCACCUCCAUCAUACCCACCUCCAUCCGCAGAGCACGUACCAGGACGUCAAGCCGUGCCUCGUGUAA